UUGUCAACAACAACAAAAAACAUGUGUUUCGUAUAUUGUUAUUGUUGUUUGUCAAUAUUGAUAAACUAACUGAUCAAUAACAACUUGAAUGUACAUGAAUAAAAAAAUAAAUAAAUAAUGAAAAGAAUAAAAAAAGUUCCAUUGCAACCAAAUAAAUUAUUUGAAGAGUGGCUUGAAGAAUGGAGAGAAGCACUUAAGGAAAAAAGUCCACAACAUUAUAUUGGUUUGUCAAAAGCUCUAUCUUCAUUAAAAAAAUAUCCUUUAAAACUUGAAUCCGGAAAAGAUUGUAUAAUUAUUGAACAUUUUGGAAAAAAAUUAUGUGAUCUCAUUGAUACUAAAUUGGCAAAUCAUUUGAAGACACAAGCUGAGUUUGAUUACAAUCAUGUCAUCAAUAAUAUUGGUACCAUUUACAAUAAUCCUGGACUCAAAAGAAAAAUUCCACAAAGUCGUGGACCAAGUCCAGUAUCUAAAAAAUCAAAUAACAACAAACAAGUGGUUCAACAUCAACAUUUAUUAUCACCAUCACCAUCACCACCACCAAGAGCAGUACCAGCACCAACAGGACCACCACAACCACAACAACAGCAACAUGUUAAUCCAACAACAGCUUUAAGAUUAAAACCAUAUGCAUUUGAUAUUUAUUUGAUUGUUGAUUCACAUGAGGUGGAUAGAGGAAAGCAAGCUGUUGAUCAAACAACAAAUGAACUCAAAAAAACUGGAAUAUUAUUUGAGACACGCCAUUUAAAUGUUGGAGAUUUUACAUGGAUUGCUAGAUGCAAAUCAACAGGAAAAGAAUUGGUAUUGCCUUACAUUGUUGAGAGAAAAAGAAUUGAUGAUUUUAGUGGAAGUGUUAAUGAUGGAAGAUUUCGUGAACAAAAAUUUCGAUUGAAAAGAUCAGGCAUUGAAAAUGUAAUUUAUCUGGUAGAAAAUCGAGCUGGUUAUGAAAAAUCAGAUUAUGGUAUGCCAAUAUCAAGAUUGAGACAAGCAGCUACAAAUACCAUGAUCCAAGAUGGAUUCACUGUACGAUACACAAGAGAUCAUCGUGAUUCAAUGUUGUACUUGGCAACUGUUACAUCAUCAAUUACUCGAAAAUAUGAAGCAAAAGAAUUGGUAGAGUGUGAAAAAAAUGAUCUUGUACCAUCUAGUCUUCUUGGACAGACAAUUUAUUUACUUGAAUUCCAAAAGUUUGAUCAAGCUGGAGCAAAAAUUAAAGCUCUAAAAGUCAAGGAUAUGUUUGUUCGUCAAUUGAUAAAACUUAAAGGUUUAUCAUUGGCAAAAGUAUCAGCAAUUAUUAACAGAUAUCCUUCACCAUUGGCAUUAAAAAGAGCUCUUGAAAAUACAACAACAGGUGAAAAAAUGCUGGCAACAAUCCCAUAUGGAUCUACCAACAAAAAUAUUGGUCCUGCUAUUGCCAAAAUUGUUUAUCAGCUUUAUACUAAAAAUGUACUUUACUAGAUAAUUAAAUAUUCAAUAUAAUUUAUUAUUAUUUUUUUCAUGUGAUAAUAUCGAAAUAAAAGAGAUUAAUUAAAAUGUAAAUUUAAUGCAA